UUCCUGGCGUGGUCCAACAUGGAGGAGGCAGUGGUUUCAGGCAUCACCUGCAAAAGGGACUAAUCCCCGCCUGGCGUUUUGGGCAGCUCUGCCGGGUCCCGAGCCCAGGGACUCCGCCGCCUGCACGCCCCGCGGCGGACCCCAGCUCCGGUAGCUCCUCGGGCCGCCGGCUUCCCGGCGGGGACGCAGUAGAAGGAGGGAGCGCGGCGGCCCCGAGUUUCCCUAAGCUAUGGGCAACGAGGCGAGCUUGGAAGGGGAAGGGCUACCGGAAGGGUUGGCGGCGGCGGCGGCGGCGGCCGCCGGAGGAGGGGCUGGCGGGGCGGGGAGCCCCUUGCAAACGGUGAUCCCGGUCGGCAUGGAGGCGGAUCUGAGCCAGCUGAGCGAAGAGGAGAGGAGACAGAUCGCCGCUGUCAUGUCAAGGGCGCAGGGGCUGCCCAAGGGAAGCGUUCCCCCUGCCGCUGCGGAGCCGCCUUCCAUGCACAGGAAACAAGAGUUGGAUAGUAGUCAUCCUCCAAAGCAACCAGGAAAACCACCAGACCCUGGGCGUCCAGUUCAGCCUGGUCUCAGUAAAAGCAGAACUACAGACACACUGAGGUCAGAGCAGAAAUUGCCCGGAAGGAGUCCUUCCACUAUUAGCUUGAAAGAAUCGAAGUCCAGAACUGAUUUUAAGGAAGAGCACAAGUCUAGUAUGAUGCCUGGCUUCCUCUCAGAGGUUAACCCUUUAAGUGCUGUCUCCUCUGUUGUAAAUAAAUUCAAUCCUUUUGAUUUGAUAUCAGACCCUGAUGCCUCCCAGGAAGAAGCUGCCAAGAAACAAAAAGUAGCUCAGAAGGAACCAGGAAAACCUGAAGGAAUCACAAAGCCUCCAUUACAACAACAGUCACCCAAGCCAGUUCCUAAGCAGCAAGGACCUGUGAGGGCCCCGCUUCAGCAGGAUGGUUCUCCCAAAUCUGUAGCUUCUCAGCAGCCAGAAAAAAUGAAAUCACAACCUCCAGAAGCAGGAAGGCCAACUCAGGGGCUUACCCAGCUUCCUCAGACAGACCAGGCAAAACUGCCACUUCAAAGAGAUGCAGCCAGGCCUCAGACUAAACAAACAGACACAGCAAGAGGAGAAUCAGUUAAACCCUCACUGCAAAGCCCAUCCAAGCCACCUAUUCAGCAAGUAAGUCCUGGAAAACCUCCAGCCCAGCAGCCUGGAUCUGAAAAACUUUCCACGCCACAGCCUGGGCCUGGAAAGCCCUCAGCUCAGCAGCCAGGGCCAGCAAAGACCCUAGCUCAACAGCCAGGGACAGCAAAGCCCCCAGCCCAGCCACCAGGGACAACGAAGCCUGCAGCUCAGCAGCCUGGGCCAAAGUCUCCAGCUCAGCCUCCUGGGCCUGCAAAGACUCCAGUUCAGCAGCCAGGGUUAGCAAAGCCCACUGCCCAACAGCCAGGGACGCUGAAAUCCCCAGCUCAUCAACCUGGACCACAGCCUCCAGCUCAGCCACCUGGGCCUGCAAAGACUCAACCUGGCCCAACAAAGCCUCCUCCUCAACAGCCACGCCCAGCAAAGCCCCCUCCUCAACAGCCUGGCUCUACAAAGCCACCUCCUCAACAGCCUGGCCCAGCAAAACCCCCUCCUCAGCAGCCUGGCCCAGCAAAGCCUGCUUCUCCACAGCCUGGCCCAGCAAAGCCCCCUCCUCAACAGCCUGGCUCUACAAAGCCUCCUCCUCAACAGCCUGGCCCAGAAAAACCCCCUUCUCAACAGCCUGGCUCAGCAAAACCCCCUUCUCAACAGCCUGGCCCAGCAAAACCCCCUUCUCAACAGCCUGGCACUGCAAAGCCCUCUGCUCAGCAACCUGAAAAACCAGUAAGCCAAACAGGAACUGGAAAACCUCUUCAGCCACCAACUUUUCCAUCUGUAGGGUGGACUCCAGUACAAGGCCUCCCUAAAACCAUCUGUCCUCUUUGCAAUACCACUGAACUUCUGUUGCAUGUUCCAGAAAAGGCCAAUUUUAACACAUGCACUGAGUGUCAAACCACUGUUUGUAGCCUCUGUGGUUUUAAUCCCAAUCCUCAUUUAACUGAGAUAAAAGAGUGGCUCUGUCUAAACUGUCAGAUGCAAAGAGCACUAGGAGGUGACCUGGCUCCAAUUCCGUCAUCACCCCAGCCGAAACCGAAGGCUUCCCCUGUUCUCACCUCAGCAAGAAGCAAACCGUCGUUACUGUCACAGCCAACUUCUCCAAAGAAGGAUACUACACCCAAACAGGAUGUCUCUAAGGCACCUGAGUCUAAAAAGCCCCCACCGCUAGUGAAACAAGCAACCCUUCACGGUCCCCUCCCAGUCACAGCCCAGCAGCCUCUUGCGGCAGAGUCCCAACCCAAGCCAGCAACCCCCAAAGAGCCUUCUGUCCCAUCUGAACCGGCCAAGGUCUCUGUGGCUGAUGAAAAACCAAAGCAGCCCAAAAUGGUAAAGCCAGCCCCAGAUGUUGUAUCUUUGUCGUCAGCAGCACCCAAACCUGAUAUUCCAAGCUCCCAAGUACCAUCACAGGAUCAAGGGAAAACAGCUCCUCCUCCAAAACCAGACUCUGCCAAACCCUCAAAAACUUUUCCACCAACAGGAGAAAAAGUCACCUCAUCAGAUGCUAAAGUCAUACCUCGACCUGCAUCAGAUUCGAAAAUUAUUGAACAUCCUGGGCCCAGUUCAGAGAGCAAAGGUCAAAAACAAGUUGAUCCAGUUCAAAAGAGAGAUGAACCCAAGAAAGCACAAACCAAAACGAGUCCUAAACCAGAUGCCAAGCUGAUGCCAAAAGGGUCACCGACACCUCAGGGUCCACGCCCUCCCACUGGCCAAACUGCCCCCCCAUCCCCACAGCCCCCAAAGCCUCAGGAGCAGUCGAGACGUUUUAGUCUGAGUCUGGGAAGUAUUACCGAUGCCCCUAAGUCACAGCCCACAACUCCUCAAGAAACUGUGACUGGGAAACUCUUUGGGUUUGGGGCAUCCAUCUUCAGCCAAGCAUCCAAUCUCAUCUCCACGGCCGGUCAGCCUGGAUCUCAUUCACAGGGUGGCCCGGCAGCCCCAACAAAACAAGCCCCUCCUUCACAGCCACCUACUUCGCAGGGGCCACCCAAGCCCACAGGUCCAGUACCACCAGCACCUGCAAAGGUGACAUCUGUGAAAAAGGAGACAAAAGCUGAAAAAUUAGAGCCCAAAGCUGAACAGGUUUCAAUAGUAAAAAGAACAGAAACAGAAAAGAAGCCUCUACCCACUAAAGAUAGCAAACCUUCAACAGCUGAGCCUCAAAAGGCUGUUCCCUCCCCAAAAAUGGAGGACACCCCCAUACCAGAAUCAGCCUGUCCUCUCUGCAAAACUAAACUCAACAUGGGUUCAAAGGAUCCUCCUAACUUCAGUACGUGCACUGAAUGCAAGAAACAAGUGUGUAACCUUUGUGGAUUUAACCCUACACCACACUUGACUGAGAUUCAAGAAUGGCUUUGUUUAAAUUGCCAAACCCAGAGAGCAAUAUCUGGACAGCUUGGAGAUAUGGGUAAAAUGCCACCUACACAGACAGGACCAAAAGCCUCUCCUAUGCCUGUCCCUUCAGAACAACCAUCUCAGACAACAGCAGUGCCUGCCCAAGUAAAAGUGAAAAAGAAAGAAGAAGAAAAACCUGAAGUUGAAAAAAUCAUUACAGAAAAAGUAAAAGAAACACCUUCAGUUGAAAAAAUUCCCCCUAAGGAAGUCAUGGAUCAAAUCCAAGGAGAGAGUAAACCAGAGAAAGACAAAACUUUAGCCCCACAAGAAAAAAAGACACCCCCUGAAGACAAAAAGCCACUCUCAGAAGAAAAAAAGCCACCUCUUGAAGAAAAAAAGCCAACCAUGAAAGACAAAAAGCCAGCUCCCGAAGACAAAAAAUUACCCCCAGGAACAAAAACAUCACCUCUUGAGGAGGAGCAGAAAUAUGACUUACUUAAAACUCGAGUACAGAUUGCUGAAGAAAAACCUGAAGGCCAAGUGGUGCCAGAGGCAGUGCAAGAAAAGAUACAACCACAGCCCAAGAUGGAAGAUUUACCAUCCAGCAAGCCUCCGAGUUUGCCAAAGGAAGAUGGUGGGAUGACAACUCAAAAGAUGAAACAACAGCCACAGGCAGCAAAGCCUGAUACGGUGGAACCUGGGAAGGAAAAAACAGAAAAGGAAGAUGACAAAUCAGACACUUCAAGUUCUCAGCAGCCGAAAAGCCCCCAAGGUCUGAGUGACACAGGAUAUUCUUCUGAUGGGAUAUCAAGUUCACUUGGGGAAAUUCCAAGUCUUAUUCCCAGUGAUGAAAAGGAUUUGCUCAAGGGACUCAAAAAGGACUCCUUUUCACAAGAAAGCAGCCCUUCCAGCCCCUCCGAUCUGGCGAAGUUAGAAAGCACCGUCCUAUCCAUUUUGGAAGCUCAGGCAAGUACACUUGUUGAAGAAAAGUCAGAAAAGAAAACACAGUCCCCCGAGGCUUCUCCUGAGCAGCCUAAAGACCAACAGAAAACUCCGAGUUUGGCUGAAACACUGGAAUCUGCAGUUUCAGAGGAGAAGCUCAAAGAGAGUCCGGAAGAAAAAGACACUUUUAAAAAAGAGAUCCAACAAGAUGUUCCUCCUGGAAGGGCCAUUGAAGAAAAGCCUGAAUUCGUGGAUGAGUUGGCCACAAGAAGACAACCUUAUGAUUCCAUUGAAGACAGUAGUGAAAGUGAAAACUCACCUGUUCCACAAAGAAAACGGAGAACUAGUGUCGGUUCAUCAAGCAGUGAUGAUUAUAAACAGGAAGAUAGUCAAGGAUCAGGUGAAGAGGAGGAUUUUAUUCGAAAGCAAAUCAUAGAAAUGAGUGCUGAUGAAGAUGCUUCGGGUUCUGAAGAUGAUGAGUUCAUUAGGAACCAGCUCAAAGAGCUCACUAGUAGUCUUGAGAGCCAGAAGAAGGAAGAAGCCAAAGGGAAGGGGAAGGGAGCAGCAGGGAAACACCGGCGACUGACUCGAAAAAGUAGUGCAGGCUUUGAUGAUGAUCCAGGGAGACGCCAUUCAUGGCAUGAUGAAGAUGAUGAGACUUUUGAUGAAAGUCCUGAGCUCAAAUACAGAGAAACUAAAAGUCAAGAGGGUGAAGAGCUUGUAGUUGCCGGAGGAGGAGGACUCCGCCGAUUCAAGACAAUUGAACUCAGUAGCACCAUAGCAGAUAAAUAUUCUGCAGAGUCAUCACAGAAAAAAACAGCCCUGUAUUUUGAUGAAGAGCCAGAAUUAGAAAUGGAAAGCCUGACAGACUCUCCAGAAGACAGGUCAAGGGGAGAAGGAUCUUCUAGUCUUCAUGCUUCCAGCUUUACUCCUGGCACAUCCCCUACUUCAGUUUCAUCACUUGAUGAGGACAGCGACAGUAGCCCGAGUCACAGAAAAGGGGAGACCAAACAGCAACGCAAAGCUCGGCACAGAUCACAUGGCCCUCUGUUACCCACAAUUGAAGAUUCUUCAGAGGAAGAAGAAUUGAGAGAGGAAGAAGAAUUAUUGAAGGAGCAAGAAAAGCAGCGGGAAUUAGAACAGCAACAAAGAAAGAGUUCUAGUAAGAAGUCAAAGAAAGACAAAGAUGAACUUCGGGCUCAGAGAAGGAGGGAAAGACCAAAGACGCCCCCUAGUAAUCUCUCUCCCAUCGAAGAUGCCUCUCCAACUGAAGAAUUACGUCAGGCUGCAGAAAUGGAGGAGCUACAUCGAUCUUCUUGUUCUGAGUAUUCACCUAGCAUAGAGUCAGACCCAGAAGGUUUUGAAAUAAGCCCAGAAAAAAUAAUAGAAGUGCAAAAAGUUUACAAAUUGCCCACAGCUGUGUCUUUAUACUCCCCGACAGAUGAACAGUCUAUUAUGCAGAAAGAAGGUGGCCAAAAGGCAUUAAAAAGUGCUGAAGAGAUGUAUGAAGAAAUGAUGCAUAAACCCCAGAAAUAUAAAGCUUUUCCAGCUGCAAAUGAACGAGAUGAACUGUUUGAAAAAGAGCCUUUGUAUGGUGGGAUGUUAAUAGAGGAUUAUAUUUAUGAAUCGUUAGUGGAGGACACGUACAAUGGUUCGGUGGAUGGUAGUCUCCUAAUAAGGCAAGAAGAAGAAAAUGGAUUUUUGCAGCAGAGAGGGAGAGAGCAAAAAAUAAGACUUCCAGAACAGAUUUAUGAAGAUCCUAUGCAGAAAAUCACAGACCUCCAGAAAGAGUUUUAUGAGUUAGAGAGCUUACAUUCUGUUUUGCCUCAAGAAGACAUUGUUUCAAGCUCUUUUAUCAUCCCAGAAAGUCAUGAGAUUGUGGAUUUGGGUAGUAUGGUAACUUCUACUAGUGAAGAAAAAAAAUUAUUAGAUGCUGAUGCUGCCUAUGAAGAACUCAUGAAAAGGCAACAGAUGCAGUUGACACCUGGCUCUAGUCCCACCCAGCCUCCCAUCAGGGAUGAUGUUGCAGAGUCCACUAUGGACUUUGACAGGGUGCCUGACGCAUCUUUGACCUCAAGUGUUCUCUCAGGAGCAUCUCUUACAGAUUCGACCAGCAGCACAACACUCUCCAUCCCAGAUGUUAAAAUAACCCAGCAUUUUUCAGCGGAAGAAAUUGAGGAUGAAUAUGUAACUGAUUAUGCAAGAGAAAUUCAAGAGAUAAUUGCUCAUGAAUCACUGAUUUUGACCUACUCUGAGCCUUCAGAAAGUGCUACAUCUGUCCCACCCUCUGACACACCCUCUCUCACAUCAUCUGUCUCUUCAGUUUGCACCACAGAUAGCUCGUCACCCGUCACUACCCUGGAUGGCAUUACCACAGUUUAUACUGAGCCAGUGGACAUUGGAACCAAGUUUGAAGACUCUGAGGAAAUUUCUUCAUCAACAUAUUUCCCAGGCAGCGUUAUAGACUAUCCAGAAGAAGUAAGUCUAUCUUUAGAUCGGACUGCCAUCCCUGACGGUAGAACUAGUGCUGAUCAUAUUGUGAUUUCCUUAUCUGAUGCGGAACCUUCUCUCAUAGAAUCUGUAGGAACUAAACCUGAGGGAUUAAUUGCUGACACUGGUUCCACUGACUUAUCCAUAUCUGAAAAAGACCUAGUGAGGAAAGCCAAGAAGGAAACAGGGAAUGGAGUUAUUUUGGAAGUUUUGGAAGCUUACAGAGAUACAAGGAAGGAGUCUGAGGCUGAACUAACAAAAAUUAGCUUAUCUGAAACUGUGUUUGAUCAGACACCUUCUUCUGUAAUAGUCCUUCCGAUGAAGGAGCACGUUUCAAUGACGUGCUUUUUAUCUGAAGAGGCUUUUGGUCAGGCAAAACCUGCCUCUCAGCUACUAUCUGGCACUCCUUCUGUUUCCUCUCUUCCAACUAAAAUGCGUCCGUUCCUUCGAAGUUCUUCUUUGGACACAUCAGCCCAACCUCCUCCCCCUCCCCCCCCCCCCCCACCUCCUCCUCCCCCGCCACCCCCUCCUCCUCCCCCACCUCUUCCUCCACCAACAUCACCUAAACCAUCUAUUCAUCCUAAAAAAAAGUUAACGGUUACAGCUCCUGAGACUGCAGCUACUAUAGCUACACCUCUAGUUGGUUCUGUUACUAUGGUAGAGACCACAGCUGUUCCAAGAAGUAAUGGGUCACCUGUAACAAAAAUAUGUACCACCUCACCUCCUCCUGUUCCUCCUAAACCAUCAUCAAUUCCAUCUGGACUUGUAUUCACACAUAGACCUGAACCAAGCAAACCUCCAGUUGCCCCAAAACCAGCAGUUCCUCAACCUCUAGUAACUACACAGAAACCAACAGAUAUACACCCUAAACCAACAGGUCUACCUUUAACUUCAAAUAUGACAUUAAAUUUAGUGACUUCAACCGAUUAUAAAUUGCCUUCCCCAACCUCCCCACUUUCCCCUCACUCAAACAAGUCUUCACCCAGGUUUUCCAAAUCCCUCAUGGAAACCUAUGUGGUUAUCACCUUGCCAUCUGAACCUGGGACUCCAACAGAUUCUUCAGCUAGUCAAGCUAUUACGAGUUGGCCUAUGGGAUCACCCCCCAAAGAUCUGAUUUCCAUUGAACCCGUAUUUUCUGUAGUUCCUCCUAUGACAGCUGCAGAAAUUUCAAGUUCUUCACAACAAAGCCUGUAUUUCUCAGGAGCUUUGGAGACAUUUUCUGCUCUCCCUGUCACAACCCUCUCUUCAUUUCAAGCAACCCCAACACAGUUUCUCACAACUGAAGUUUCCAAGGCUGAGGUUUCAGUGGCCAGAAGUACAGUCCCUAGCGUUGGUCUCAGCAGCGUCUCUAUAUCAAUUCCUUCAGAGCCACUUGCUCUGGAUCACCUGCAUUUAGAGAAACAUCAGCAUAAAGAAAAUGUUAAGUUGCAACUUGUUGGUGAUGCCAUUGAUUUGCGUACAGUCCCCAAAGUAGAAGUUCAAGUAACUGAAAAAUGUAUGGACCUUUCUGCUUCUGCCAUGGAUGUGAAAAGGCAAACCAUGACCAGUGAAAUUUAUGGGAGACAGAUUAGUGCUGUCCAACCGUCUAUUAUAAAUCUCAGUGCAGCCUCAUCAGGAGUGACUCCAAUAUCCCUGGUCACCGAGACAGUGACUGUUGUCACGUGCACAGCUAGUGCAAGUUACACCAUGGGCACAGAAAGCCUGGUGGCUAUAGACCAUGCACCAGCAGCACCACUCCAGCUUACUACAUCAAAGCAUGCUGAGCCCCCAUACAGGGGACCAAGUGGCCAGACCUUUCCUACAGUUAGGGAGGAAGCACCCAUAAAUUUAUCUUUAAGCACUUCAGCACACGCAAUCACAUCAGCCCUUACAAAACCCAUUACUGCACCUCCUGUUGGUGUCACAAAUGGAUGGACUGACAGCACCACAUUCCAAGGGAUCACUGAUGGGGAAGUAGUGGAUCUCAGUACCACAAAGUCUCAUAGAACUGUCGUAACAAUGGAUGAAUCUACUUCAAAUGUGGUGACCAAAGUAAUAGAAGAUGAUGAAAAACCUGUUGAUCUGACAGCAGGAAGAAGAGCUGUGUGCUGUGAUGUGGUUUAUAAGUUACCUUUUGGCAGGAGCUGCACUGCACAGCAGCCAGCAACAACUCUUCCAGAGGAUCGGUUUGGUUAUAGGGAUGAUCACUAUCAAUAUGAUCGAUCAGGGCCAUAUGGUUAUAGAGGGAUUGGGGGAAUGAAGCCUUCUAUGUCUGACACUAAUUUAGCAGAAGCUGGACAUUUUUUCUAUAAAAGUAAAAAUGCUUUUGAUUAUUCUGGAGGAACUGAUGCAGCCGUAGAUCUAACUUCAGGGAGAAUUACUACAGGUGAGGUAAUGGAUUAUUCAAGCAAGACUACAGGUCCAUAUCCAGAAACAAGACAAGUCAUUUCGGGAGUUGGGAUUAGUACCCCACAGUAUUCCACAGCAAGAAUGACUCCACCACCAGGAUCCCAGUAUGGUGUGGGGAGUGUUUUGAGGUCAUCUAAUGGUGUUGUCUAUUCUUCAGUAGCAACUCCAAUUCCCUCCACAUUUGCUAUCACCACACAACCUGGCUCCAUUUUCAGCACCACCAUGAGGGAUUUGCCUGGGGUGCACACAACUGACUCAAUAACUUCAUUGUCUUCCCUGCACCAGAGCCAGCCAAUGCCUAGAUCAUAUUUCCUAACAACAGGUGCAUCUGAAACAGACGUUGCAGUGACUGGUAUUGAUAUCAGUGCCAGUUUGCAAACCAUCACUAUGGAAACUCUUACAGCAGAGACAAUGGACUCAGUUCCCAGUUUAACCACAGCAUCUCAAGUAUUUUCUGAAGUAGUCGGAGAGGAGAGUGCACUUUUAAUUGUCCCUGAAGAAGAUAAACAACAACAGCAACUAGACUUGGAGCGUGAGCUCUUAGAACUGGAGAAAAUUAAGCAACAGCGUUUUGCUGAGGAAUUGGAGUGGGAACGGCAGGAAAUCCAGAGGUUCCGAGAACAGGAAAAGAUCAUGGUUCAAAAAAAGCUGGAAGAGCUGCAGUCCAUGAAGCAGCACCUUCUGUAUCAACAAGAAGAAGAGCGGCAGGCUCAGUUCAUGAUGAGGCAGGAGACAUUAGCUCAGCAACAGUUGCAGCUGGAACAGAUCCAACAGCUGCAGCAACAGCUUCACCAGCAGCUGGAGGAGCAAAAAAUCCGCCAGAUCUACCAGUAUAACUAUGACCCUUCUGGAACUGCCUCUCCACAAACCACUACAGAGCAGGCCAUUUUGGAAGGUCAAUAUGCAGCCCCAGAAGGCGGUCAGUUUUGGGCAACAGAAGAUACAACCACCACAGCCUCUGCCGUGGUGGCGAUUGAAAUACCCCAAAGCCAAGGAUGGUACACCGUUCAGUCCGACGGGGUUACUCAGUACAUUGCCCCUCCCGGCAUCCUGAGUACCGUAUCAGAAAUACCUCUGACGGACGUUGUUGUGAAAGAGGAGAAACCAUCCAAAAAGAGAAGUUCUGGAGCUAAAGUCCGUGGACAGUAUGAUGAAAUGGGGGAAAAUCUGGCAGAUGACCCCCGCUGCUUUAAAAAGAUAGUGGACAGUGGUGUCCAAACAGAUGAUGAAGACGCGGCGGAUCGGAGUUACGUGAGUAGGAGAAGGAGAACUAAAAAGAGCGUUGAUACAAGCGUGCAAACAGAUGACGAAGAUCAGGAUGAAUGGGAUAUGCCCACUAGAUCAAGGAGGAAAGCUCGUGUAGGGAAAUACGGUGACAGCACCACAGAGGCUGACAAGACCAAACCCCUUUCCAAAGUCUCCAGUAUAGCAGUUCAAACAGUGGCAGAGAUAUCUGUGCAAACCGAACCAGUCGGAACCAUCAGAACACCUUCAAUACGGGCUCGCGUGGAUGCCAAGGUAGAAAUAAUUAAACACAUUUCAGCUCCUGAAAAGACUUACAAAGGGGGCAGUUUAGGAUGUCAAACAGAAGCAGACUCAGACACACAAAGUCCUCAAUAUCUGAGCGCCACAUCUCCAUCCAAAGACAAGAAACGCCCAACACCUUUAGAGAUUGGUUACUCAACUCACCUCCGGGCAGAUUCCACAUUACAGCUGGCUCCUUCCCCACCCAAAUCUCCAAAAGUCCUUUAUUCACCCAUCUCACCACUUUCACCAGGCAAAGCCUUAGAAUCAGCCUUUGUACCUUAUGAGAAACCCCUCCCUGAUGAUAUAAGUCCACAGAAAGUACUGCAUCCAGAUAUGGCUAAAGUUCCCCCAGCAAGUCCUAAGGCAGCCAAGAUGAUGCAGCGGUCCAUGUCUGACCCCAAGCCUCUGAGUCCAACAGCAGACGAAAGUUCCAGGGCUCCUUUUCAGUAUACCGAGGGCUUCACGGCAAAAGGUUCUCAAACCAUGACACCUUCUGGCACUCAGAAAAAAGUGAAGAGAACUCUGCCAAACCCACCUCCUGAGGAGGCGUCCACAGGGACUCAGUCCACAUACAGCACAGUGGGCACGGUUUCCAGGAGAAGGAUCUGCAGAACCAACACGAUGGCACGAGCCAAGAUUCUCCAGGAUAUAGACAGAGAGCUUGACCUUGUGGAGAGGGAAUCUGCAAAGCUUAGAAAGAAACAGGCGGAACUUGAUGAGGAAGAAAAGGAGAUCGACGCCAAGUUACGGUACCUGGAAAUGGGGAUUAACAGGAGGAAAGAGGCAUUGUUAAAGGAGAGAGAAAAGAGAGAGAGAGCCUACCUCCAAGGGGUAGCUGAGGAUCGUGACUACAUGUCCGACAGUGAGGUCAGCAGUGCCAGACCAACCCGAAUAGAAAGUCAGCAUGGCAUAGAGCGACCACGAACUGCUCCCCAGACUGAGUUCAGCCAAUUUAUACCACCUCAAACCCAAACUGAGUCUCAGCUGGUGCCUCCCACCAGUCCAUAUACACAAUACCAGUAUUCUUCUCCUGCUCUUCCUACACAAGCACCUACUCCAUACACCCAGCAGUCCCAUUUCCAGCAACAGACUCUGUAUCAUCAGCAAGUUUCACCUUAUCAGACUCAGCCAACGUUCCAAGCCGUGGCCACGAUGUCCUUCACACCUCAAGCUCAGCCUACACCAACCCCACAGCCUUCUUACCAGUUACCAUCACAGAUGAUGGUGAUACAGCAAAAGCCACGGCAGACAACAUUAUAUUUGGAGCCCAAGAUAACUUCAAACUAUGAGGUGAUUCGCAACCAACCCCUGAUGAUAGCACCUGUUUCUACUGAUAAUACCUAUGCUGUUUCCCAUCUUGGUAGUAAGUACAACAGCUUAGACUUGAGAAUAGGAUUGGAGGAAAGAAGUAGCAUGGCAAGCAGUCCAAUAUCAAGCAUAUCUGCAGAUUCUUUCUAUGCAGAUAUUGACCACCAUACUUCACGAAAUUAUGUCUUAAUUGAUGACAUUGGGGAGAUUACCAAGGGAACAGGGGCAUUAAGCACUGCAUUUAGCCUUCAUGAGAAAGAUCUGUCAAAAACAGACCGCCUCCUUCGAACCACUGAGACACGAAGGUCUCAAGAAGUGACAGAUUUCCUAGCACCUUUGCAGACUUCCUCCAGAUUGCAUAGUUAUGUGAAAGCAGAAGAAGACCCCAUGGAGGAUCCUUAUGAGUUAAAGCUUCUAAAACAGCAGAUUAAACAAGAAUUCCGUAGAGGGGCAGAAAGCUUGGAUCACCUUGCUGGUCUUUCACAUUAUUACCAUGCUGAUACUGGCUAUAGACAUUUUCCCAAAUCUGAGAAGUAUAGCAUCAGUAGACUCACACUUGAAAAACAAGCAGCGAAACAACUGCCAGCAGCCAUACUUUAUCAAAAGCAGUCAAAGCAUAAGAAAUCACUCAUUGACCCUAAAAUGUCAAAAUUUUCACCUAUUCAAGAAAGUAGAGAUCUUGAACCUGAUUAUUCAAGCUAUAUGACUUCUAGCACUUCAUCCAUUGGUGGCAUUUCUUCCAGGGCAAGGCUUCUUCAAGAUGAUAUCACUUUUGGCCUCCGAAAAAAUAUUACAGACCAACAAAAAUUUAUGGGAUCUUCUCUUGGCACGGGACUGGGCACCUUAGGAAAUACCAUAAGGUCAGCUCUGCAGGAUGAAGCAGAUAAGCCAUACAGCAGUGGCAGCAGGUCCAGACCUUCCUCCAGACCUUCCUCGGUCUAUGGGCUUGAUUUAUCACUUAAAAGAGAUUCUUCCAGCUCUUCUCUAAGACUGAAAGCUCAAGAGGCUGAAGCUCUAGAUGUUUCCUUUAGUCAUGCAUCACCCUCUGGCAGAACUAAGCCUACUAGUUUGCCGAUUAGCCAGAGCAGAGGAAGAAUACCAAUUGUGGCCCAGAAUUCUGAGGAAGAAAGUCCACUCAGCCCUGUUGGCCAGCCAAUGGGAAUGGCCAGGGCUGCCGCUGGACCCCUGCCACCAAUAUCUGCAGACACCAGGGAUCAGUUUGGGUCAAGUCACUCAUUGCCUGAAGUUCAACAGCACAUGAGAGAAGAAUCACGGACUCGAGGGUAUGAUCGCGACAUAGCAUUCAUCAUGGAUGACUUCCAACAUGCCAUGUCAGACAGUGAAGCCUAUCACCUGCGUCGUGAAGAAACAGAUUGGUUUGACAAACCCAGGGAGUCUCGUUUGGAAAAUGGGCACGGUCUGGAUCGAAAACUGCCAGAAAGAUUGGUCCACUCUCGACCACUCAGUCAACAUCAAGAGCAAAUUAUACAGAUGAAUGGGAAAACUGUGCAGUACAUCUUUCCUCAUGCCAGGAUAAAAAUAACAAGAGACUCCAAGGAUCACACAGUUUCAGGUAAUGGAUUAGGAAUUAGAAUUGUGGGUGGUAAAGAAAUCCCUGGACACAGUGGAGAAAUUGGAGCCUAUAUCGCCAAGAUUCUACCUGGGGGAAGUGCCGAACAGACAGGGAAACUUGCAGAAGGCAUGCAAGUAUUGGAAUGGAAUGGAAUUCCUUUAACUUCUAAAACGUAUGAAGAAGUCCAGAGUAUCAUUAGUCAGCAAAAUGGGGAAGCAGAAAUAUGUGUAAGACUGGACCUCAAUAUGCUAUCAGAUUCUGAAAAUCCCCAGCACCUAGAACUUCAUGAACCACCGAAAGCUGUGGAUAAAGCAAAAUCCCCAGGGGUUGAUCCCAAGCAGUUGGCAGCAGAGCUUCAGAAGGUCUCACUGCAGCAAUCACCACUGGUUCUGUCGUCAGUCGUUGAAAAAGGAUCUCACGUUCAUUCAGGUCCUACAUCAGCAGGAUCCAGUUCUGUUCCCAGCCCUGGGCAGCCAGGCUCACCCUCAGUGAGCAAAAAGAAACACAGCAGCAGCAAGCCUACUGAUGCAACAAAGGUUGUCUCUCAUCCAAUUACGGGGGAAAUUCAGCUUCAAAUCAACUAUGAUCUGGGAAAUCUCAUAAUACAUAUUCUGCAAGCAAGAAACCUUGUCCCUCGAGACAACAAUGGCUAUUCAGAUCCCUUUGUUAAAGUGUACCUUCUUCCAGGGCGAGGUCAAGUGAUGGUUGUCCAGAAUGCAAGUGCCGAAUACAAGAGAAGGACUAAAUAUGUUCAGAAAAGUCUUAAUCCUGAGUGGAAUCAAACAGUAAUUUAUAAAAGUAUCUCCAUGGAACAGCUCAAGAAGAAAACACUGGAGGUGACAGUCUGGGAUUAUGAUAGAUUUUCUUCCAAUGACUUUCUUGGUGAGGUAUUGAUUGAUCUAUCUAGUACCUCUCACCUCGAUAACACUCCUAGGUGGUAUCCUCUCAAAGAACAGACUGAAAGCAUUGAUCAUGGCAAGUCCCAUUCCAGUCAAAGCAGCCAGCAGUCCCCAAAGCCAUCUGUCAUCAAAAGCAGAAGCCAUGGUAUCUUCCCUGACCCAUCCAAGGACAUGCAGGUUCCCACCAUUGAGAAAUCCCAUAGUAGUCCUGGAAGCUCGAAAUCCUCAUCCGAAGGCCAUCUCCGCUCUCACGGACCAUCUCGCAGUCAAAGCAAAACCAGCGUCACUCAGACCCACCUGGAAGAUGCGGGGGCUGCUAUAGCCGCUGCCGAAGCUGCUGUGCAACAACUCCGCCUUCAACCAACCAAGCCCACCAAUCACCGGCCUGCAGAAAGCUCCGUGUCCACUGGCUCCUCGGGCAGCAGCUUUGGCAGUGGGUAUAGCGUGGACAGUGAAGGAAGCAGCAGCACAGCAGGGGAGACUAAUGUAUUUCCCAUUCCACGAAUAGGAAAAAUGGGGCAGAAUGGGCAAGAGCCUAUAAAACAGCCAGGAGUAGGACUUGUAGACACGGAAGUUAAAACUCAGGUAAUGGGAGAAAUCAAGAUUGCAUUGAAGAAAGAAAUGAAGACAGAUGGUGAACAACUAAUAGUUGAAAUACUCCAAUGCAGAAAUAUCACCUAUAAAUUUAAAUCUCCUGACCACCUGCCAGAUUUAUAUGUGAAAAUAUAUGUGAUGAACAUCUCUACCCAAAAAAAGGUGAUCAAGAAAAAAACAAGAGUAUGUAGACAUGAUCGAGAGCCUUCAUUCAAUGAAACUUUCAGAUUCAGCCUAAGUCCUGCUGGACACUCUCUUCAGAUUUUACUUUUUUCCAAUGGAGGGAAGUUUAUGAAAAAGACCUUGAUUGGCGAAGCCUGUAUCUGGCUUGACAAAGUGGAUCUCAGAAAAAGAAUAGUCAACUGGCACAAACUUUUGGUCAGUCCUACUCAAACCCAUUGAAGAAAUGUAUCUACUCAGGGUAUAGAAAGUGCUUUAAAUAAUCUGAAAUCAAGACUGUACUUGGAUACUGUUGUUCUAAGCUAUGUUUUCAUGGGUAACCAUGAGAGGAGGAAAAAAAGGCAAAAACAAUACUCAAAGCCUUGUAAAUGUAUUGUUGUGGAACACAGAACAAUUCAAAUGAAAAAGUUCAUAUAUUGUAGGCAAAAUGAAAAAGGAGUUCUGAAACCUUGGAUUUCUUGUGGCUGUUAAGAAAAACAGACAGAGAAAUCGUGAUUACCUAAUGCAAACAUUUUUGGGUAGAGUUGAGCUAUAGCCAACCAAAGGCCGAGGUUCAAAGAUUAAUAUGGUUUCUCGUGCAGACAAAAGUAAUCCUUUAUGCAAAAAUUCUUGGCGGAAAGGAAAGAACUGAUGUAACAGGUCUGUUUUCCAAAGUACAAAAGUGUCUCUUCAUCUUAUCUUCUCAGACAACUAACUUUUUUGAGAUUCUGAUAUAGGAUCCAAUUACAAUACGUUGCUAAGGCUAGAAGUAAGGAGGUUGUGUUUAUAGGGAAAAGGGAACCAGAGAUGCAGAAAUUAUAGCAUUUAGACCCUAUUGUACAGGUUUUCUCUAUGUCUAAAUGUUCUAAGGGUGAACAACACCAAUUUUGGAAUUCAUGUUGUAAAAGCACAUUUGUAUAAUUCGAAAUAAUGUAUAGUGAAGAUAAUACAAAGUAGAAGUGGAAUUACAUUUCUCUAGAAAUCAAGCCAUGACUGGCUAAUAAAAAAAGAUUAUUGCCCCACAAAAUAUUGGAAUCUUGGUUGAAAACCUCAAAAUCUCCAUAAUUUACCCUUAAGCCAAGACAUUUUCAAUCUACA